AUGAAGUUCAAUCUUCAUUUUGCGUUGGCACUGAUCCUGGCGGUCAUCCAGAUCGCCAUGGCCUUGCCAAAUGUGGCUCUGCGAGCUGUCACUGCUGAUCCCCUGACCACCAGCGAUAGUGAAACUGAGCUGCCAACUCUGACCCCCGUCCCUUCUGCUACCUCCCCGCUCCGUUGGACCUUCAACAUCUCCCUGCCAACGACUCCGGUUACUUCUUCUACCUCGCCUCUCCAUUGGACCUUCACCAUCUCGCUGCCCACUGCGACUCACACUGAUGGAUCCAGCUCUGGUUCUGUUUCGCCUGGUGUCCCGGUUGUCACUACCAUCCCCAGCUCGAGUGGAGUGACCUCGCCAGUGUCAAACUCUCAGAAGAUGACUACCUCAGUUAUCUACACUACUUCCGAGAUCACUGUCACCAAGUGCGCCACAACCGUGACCGAUUGCCCCGCAGACUCUACCACUGUCAUCACUUCGACCAUCCCUCUGACCACUACUGUCUGCCCCAUUACCGAGUCUACGACUCAGACUGCAGGCAAUGGUGCGUCUUCCUCGAGUGAGAUUCCUUCGAGCUCGACCAGUGAUGUUAAGGCUAGCCCGACGGCUGUUCCAGUCAAGGGUACUACUGUCACUACUGAGGUUUACACUACGACCACGGUUUGCCCUGUCACCGAGACCAUGACUACUGGUACAAACACUUUCACUUCAACCUACGACAAAGUCUCCACCAUUACAGUAAUUCCAACCUCGAUUGUUGGCUCCGCUCCGGUUUCAGUUCCUUCCAGCUCUACUGGUACCUCUGAGACUUUCAUGGUUCCCAUGCCGGUUGAAGGAACUACCCUUACCAAGGAGAUUCUCACGACUACCACUGUUUGCCCUGUCACCACUACUGUGAUCUCCGGAACCCACACCAUGACCUCCGUCUACAGCACUGUGUCUACCGUGACUGUGGUUCCUGCGCCUGCUACAACUCUCACGACCUUUGAGACUACCACUGUCUGCCCGGUGACUGAGACCUUCGUUUCUGGUUCUAGCACCCACACGAUCACCACUAGCAAGGUCUCAACUGUGACGGUGACCAACACCAUUUGGCCCACUGUUGUGCCUCCUGUUGCUGGCCCCAAUCCAGUCGUCACCACCUCUGUUCCUCACGCGUCCAGCACUCAUGUCAACACUCCUGUGGGAGCUAGUGCUGGCUCCACCAUGAAGAGUAGUGGCGUGUACCCUGGAGGACACUCGACCUACAGCGUUCCUGUUGGCCCUACUCAGUCUCCAGUCUUCAAUGCUGCUACCUCCAAGAAGGCCGUGUCGACUCUUGUGGGCACUCUUUAUGCGAUGCUCGUUCUGGUUGUGCUGUAA